CGGAGCCAGGUCGGAUCCGGGGCCCAGGUUGGGUCUGGGUCCGGGGAUUGGACCUAGUCCCCGCCUGAGGCGCCUGGACUUUCCUUCCCGGAGUUUCCCGAGCCGCCCGCGGAGGCGGCCCAGCCCCGGAUUCCAAACCCGGCGCGCCGCAAAAAUAGCCCGUGGCCGGAUUAGCACGUCCCAGUGGAUUUACUAAGCUGGACAGCUCGGCUCCAACCCCCGCCCAACAGCUGAGGGUCCUGGGAGCUGGAGGGCUCGGAGUCCGGGGUUGUCCCCGGCUCCUCUGAGCUACACCCUCCCCCCCUUACGUUUUCCUUCCCGGCCACCACUAGUGGGUGGUGUCUUCAAGUCGAAACUCCAGCUCAGAGGGUGGGACUUCUCAGGAUCAUCCCUGUCCCAGCCGUGCUCCUUGGGGAUGGGAUCAUAGCAGCACUUACAGCAGUGGUUGUGGAGCUAGGGGUGAGGACUGACCCGUCUCUCCCAUCUGUAAACACUGAAACUGCAGGGCUCUGCGAGCUACUACCAAAGACCUCCCCUCGCUCCCAACCUGUGCUCGGUGGCCAAGAGGUGCAGGCCAGGGCUGAACCGAGACCUCUACAGGGUGCCUUGAAACAGGCCCACUUCGCUGCAUCUGGAACCAUGAGCGAGGCCCGCAGAGAUAGCACUAGCAGCCUGCAGCGAAAGAAGCCGCCCUGGCUGAAGCUGGACAUUCCAGCUGUGGCACCUCCAGUGGCUGAGGAACCCAGCUUCCUGCAGCCCCUGAGACGCCAGGCUUUCUUGAGGAGUGUGAGUAUGCCAGCUGAGACGGCCCACGUCCCUUCGCCCUACUAUGAGCCCCGCCGGCCAGUGCUGCAGCGCCAGACGUCUAUCACGCAGACCAUCCGCAGGGGCACAGCUGACUGGUUUGGAGUGAGCAAGGACAGUGACAGCACCCAGAAAUGGCAGCGCAAGAGCAUCCGUCACUGCAGCCAGCGCUAUGGGAAGCUGAAGCCCCAGGUCAUCCGGGAGCUAGACCUGCCUAGCCAGGACAAUGUGUCGCUGACCAGCACUGAGACACCUCCUCCACUGUAUGUGGGGCCCUGCCAGCUGGGUAUGCAAAAGAUCAUAGACCCCUUGGCCCGGGGCCGGGCCUUCCGCAUGGCGGAUGACACCGCCGAUGGCCUGAGUACCCCGCACACGCCCGUCACGCCGGGUGCUGCCUCCCUCUGCUCCUUCUCCAGCUCCCGCUCGGGUUUUAACCGGCUUCCGCGGAGGCGCAAGCGUGAGUCUGUGGCCAAGAUGAGCUUCCGGGCGGCUGCAGCGCUGGUGAAGGGCCGCUCGGUUAGGGAUGGUACAUUGCGCCGGGUGCAGCGCCGAAGCUUCACUCCCGCCAGCUUCCUGGAGGAGGACACUGUGGACUUCCCCGAUGAGCUGGACACAUCUUUCUUUGCCCGGGAAGGUGUCCUUCAUGAGGAGCUGUCCACAUACCAAGACGAGGUGUUCGAGACCCCAUCGGAGGCGGCGCUCAAGGACUGGGAGAAAGCCCCGGAACAAGGGGACCUCACGGGUGGGGCCCUGGAUCGCACAGAACUGGAGCGCAGCCACCUGAUGCUGCCCCUGGAACGUGGCUGGCGGAAGCAGAAGGAGGGUGGCGCCGCAGCCCCGCAGCCCAAGGUGCGGCUGCGCCAGGAGGUAGUGAGCGCGGCUGGGCAGCGGCGGGGCCAGCGCAUUGCAAUGCCGGUGCGCAAGUUCUUUGCUAGGGAGAAGCGGCCGUACGGACUGGGCAUGGUGGGCCGGCUAACCAACCGCACUUACCGCAAGCGAAUUGAUAGCUAUGUCAAACGCCAGAUCGAGGACAUGGACGACCACAGGCCCUUCUUCACCUACUGGCUCACCUUUGUGCACUCGCUCGUCACCAUUCUAGCCGUGUGCAUCUAUGGCAUCGCACCCGUAGGCUUCUCGCAGCAUGAGACUGUGGACUCGGUGCUGCGGAACCGCGGGGUCUAUGAGAAUGUCAAGUACGUUCAGCAAGAGAACUUCUGGAUUGGGCCCAGCUCGGAGGCUCUCAUUCACCUGGGUGCCAAGUUCUCACCCUGCAUGCGCCAGGAUCCGCAGGUGCAUAGUUUCAUCCGUGCCUCGCGGGAGCGUGAGAAGCACUCAGCCUGCUGCGUUCGCAAUGACCGGUCUGGCUGCGUGCAGACCUCGGAGGAGGAGUGCUCGUCCACGCUGGCAGUGUGGGUGAAGUGGCCCUUUCAUCCCAGUGCCCCAGACCUUGCUGGCCACAAGAGGCAGUUUGGUUCUGUCUGCCACCAGGACCCCAGGGUAUGUGAUGAGCCCUCCUCUGAGGACCCUCAUGAGUGGCCAGAUGACAUCACCAAGUGGCCGAUCUGCACCAAAAACAGUGCUGGGAACCAUACCAACCAUCCUCACAUGGACUGUGUCAUCACAGGCCGGCCCUGUUGCAUUGGCACCAAGGGCAGGUGUGAGAUCACCUCUCGGGAGUACUGUGACUUCAUGAGGGGCUACUUCCACGAGGAGGCCACACUCUGCUCUCAGGUGCACUGCAUGGAUGACGUGUGCGGGCUCCUGCCCUUCCUCAACCCCGAGGUGCCUGAUCAGUUCUACCGCCUCUGGCUGUCCCUCUUCUUACACGCUGGCAUCCUGCACUGCCUGGUGUCCGUCUGCUUCCAGAUGACCGUCCUGCGGGACCUGGAGAAGCUGGCAGGCUGGCACCGAAUAGCCAUCAUUUACCUGCUGAGUGGCGUCACCGGUAACCUAGCUAGUGCCAUUUUCCUGCCGUACCGGGCAGAGGUGGGCCCGGCUGGCUCGCAGUUCGGCAUCUUGGCGUGCCUCUUCGUGGAGCUCUUCCAGAGCUGGCAGAUCCUGGCUCGGCCCUGGCGUGCCUUCUUCAAGCUGCUGGCGGUGGUGCUCUUCCUCUUCACCUUUGGGCUGCUGCCCUGGAUCGACAACUUCGCCCACAUCUCUGGCUUCGUCAGUGGUCUCUUCCUCUCCUUUGCCUUCUUGCCCUACAUCAGCUUCGGCAGGUUUGACCUGUACCGCAAGCGCUGCCAGAUCAUCGUCUUCCAGGCCAUCUUCCUGGGCCUCCUGGCUGGCCUGGUGGUCCUCUUCUAUUUUUACCCUGUCCGCUGUGAGUGGUGUGAGUUCCUCACUUGCAUCCCCUUCACUGAUAAGUUCUGUGAGAAGUAUGAGCUCGAUGCCCAGCUCCACUGAGCUGGCGGGGGUGCUGAGGCCACAUGCUCCAAUAGGCCAGAGCCGGGCAGACUGUCCACUCCGAGCCUCACAGGCCACGGGACUCUGCCUGCCAGCCCUGGGAGGAGUCCUGCCCAUUUGUCGGACACACACCUCUUGUGCCUUGUUCACUGCUGUUGAACCUCUCAUACUUCGGGGCAUUUAUUACACUAGUUCCCUUGAUUACCUUCUAACUAGUCUCUUGACGACCACCUCAUGUGGCCAAUAAAUGGACUGGGAGCGUUUUAGCUGCCACUAACUUGA